GGACGCAUGUUGUUAUAUUCUAUUAUGACCAAUUUCCAGCCAAACUGACCAACUACCCGUUAUUAGUAUAGUUUCAACUCGGUGCCCAUCAAAUUUGGGCAACUUUGAUGCAGUUGUUAGCAAGAACAGGCUUUAGUUGUUAGCAAGAACCUAGCUUAGCAUUUCCCAGUCAUUUGAAUAGGAAGUUGCUAAGUGUUAAAAACGAUCUCUGUUGACACAUUUAAAUGUAUUUUACCACACACAAACGGUACAAAUAAAGUCACCAACCUUCAAACUGUGCCAAUAAGCCAUCCAGUAUGCUUCCAUAGUCCAAAACGAUGUUUAUUUGCUUGAUCGAUGUGACGCUAAGAAUGGUGCCUUGUGUACAUCCACUUUGCUGCAUCAUCUUCUCUGACAUGUUUUCACCACAUUUCUUCAAGUUGUCAUCUAUUGUUACACAUGAAUCAAAAGCUGACGAUGUCCCCUGUAAUAUUCCAGAGCUAUUUUUUGGCGUGGAGCAACGUGUACGGAGAGGCAGACGUCUGUUUCACCUAAGCACAGCAUUCUUGUACGCGUCUCGUAGUGAACCUUUAUUUUGGUAGUUGACAAGAUAGGCUGAGAGGUCACAAACGCUCACCCAAACUUGAGUGACAUCUAAUCCAGCCAAUAGUAUGCUUUCUUCUGACAAUGUAGGUUGGUCAUUCAUCCCGAUUGGUGAAUCCCUCACGUUUCUCACGGCAUGCGUAUCUGCCGCAUGGUUUUGGUUGUCACAACAACAUUGGAGUUGCCGCCUACUCUGCUUGCUUUACGCAUCGUAGAGCAGCAUUUCUCGUCAGCAAUUUCGGGUUUGUACUCCCUAAAAGUGUGUGUUGCCUGUGAGUGUGAGUCGUCUGUGCUUUCUGUGAGUCGAGUGUUGUGAAGACAUCAUGGAUGGACGCGGUAGGAAGCGGUAUACUUUGGCCGAAAUCCACGCUCAACUUUUUGAUGACGGCGGGAAUGAGACAGAGGAUGAUGCGGUGUCCGAAGCUGACAGCACCGACUCAGCGCUUCAGGCGUUUGAGGACGGCAUAGAUGUCGUCCUCGAUUUUGAGGAGACAUCUGACUCGGAUGAUGGGAACACAUCUGAUGACCCUUUGGAAGGGACUUCAACUGCCCCACACCCAGCUGCCUCUCCAACUCCUCCAGCUGCCUCUCCAACUCCUCCAGCUGCCUCUCCAACUCCUCCAGCUGCCAGCAGUGUGCGCAUGAGUGGCAGGCGCCGUGAUCUCCACCCUGCUCCAACUCCAUGCCCUCCUCCAGUUAGUCGUGGUGCUAGGCGUGGUAAGCGCCCCUCAAAAGCCUCUGCUCCAACUCCAUGCCCUCCUCCACCAAGCCGUGGUGCUACGAGUGGUAAACGCACCUCACAAGCCCCUGCCUCAACGCCAAGCCGUCCUGCGAAGCGUGCAUCCCUGGGUCCACCGCCGCAGGACUCCGACUUCUGGCGUGAUGCAACGAGUGAAGACGUGGAGCCUCCACCGUUGCCAUUUCGACCCAGGCGCCCUCCAGGACCACAGCUGGACCCUCAGGUAGACUACCGGCCGCUUGACCUGUUCUUAUUGUUUUUCAGCAAGGACGUGGUUAGGACCCUGUGCAGGCAUACCAAUCUCCAUGCUGCAAAAAGGGCUGCACAAGGACGAAAGAGGAAGUGGGUCGACAUAGAGCCGGAGGAGAUGUACCGCUUCAUCGGAUUGGUCAUCUACAAGGGAUUGAUGAAGUUGCCAGAGAUGCGGGACGGAUGGAGGAAGGACCGCCUUCACAGUUUUCCCUUCCCUGCAUCCGUCAUGCCAGGGUACAGAUACGAGGUAAUCUUCUCAACCCUUCACAUGAGUGACCCGGCUGUUGAUGCAGCAAAUGAUCAGCUGAAGGGCCAGCCUGGGCACGAUGGCCUCUGCCGCCUCAGGCCGCUGCAUGAUGACCUCCUGACGGCGUGCAGGGCUUACUUCCACCCGCUCCAGAACCUCUCAGUGGAUGAGAGGAUGGUAGGCACCAAGUCCCGGAUCGGGAUGAAGAUGUACAGCAAGGACAAGCCAACGAAGUGGGGGUUCAAGCUGUUUGUCUUGGCUGACAGCUCGAAUGGCUAUACGUGCCACUUCUCGAUUUAUGAGGGGAAGGCAAGGGCACCAUCUGGGCAGGGCCUCAGUUAUGAUGCUGUUGUAGAGUUGGUCCAUGUCCCGUCCCUGGGCACAGGGUACAACGUGUAUGUGGACAACUUUUACACCAGCUCAAAGCUGUUCCUCCACCUCCAUGGCAUGAACUAUGGCGCCUGUGGGACCAUCCGGGAGAACAGGAUCGGGUUUCCACGCACACAGUGGAAUGGCAUGCCGAAGAAUGCAGCCCGUGGAGAGCUGCGUUGGAUUCGGGAUGGUCCACUGCUGUUCGUGAAGUGGAGGGACAGCCGGGACGUCACGAUGUGUUCCACCAUCCACAAGGCCUACGGGGGGCAGACCGUGAAGCGCCGAGUCAAGGACCGGAACACAGCCGCGUGGAGCAUUCGGGAAGUCCCUGUGCCGGAGCCGGUGAAGGCGUACAACAAGUUCAUGGGAGGAGUGGACUUGAGUGACGCCCUCAUCAAGUACUACACCGUGACCCACAAGACACGGAGGUGGUACAUGAAGCUGUUCCUCCACUUUGUGGAUAUUGCGGUUGUGAACAGCUUCAUCCUGCACAAGGAGACCGCACUGGCCCAGGGGGAGACGCCGCUGACCCAGAAAUCCUUCAGGGAAUUUCUGUGCCUGGAGCUGGCUGACUUCGGCAAGCCACAGCCCGACCCACCAGCAGAGACUUCCAGUGCAGAUGUGUCUGCUGAAGCCACUGGUGAGACACCGCAAGCCCAGGCAAUGUCUUCCUGCCAAUGUCUCCCUGUUCCGGUUGUGGAUCAGCUGUCCUCUGAUCCACACCUCAAGGCGACACAAGGGAGGAGAAAGUGUGUGCUCUGUGGCAUGAAGACAAUGUUCAAGUGCAAGGCUUGCCAGGUUGCACUGUGCAUUAUUGUGGACAGACUCUGCUUCACCACAUGGCACGAGCAGAAGAGCACACACUAAAUGUAUAUAGUUGUAAAUAGUUCCCCCUGUUCUGGAGUUCCUGUUUUCUGGGAUGUGUGUUCAUCGUUCAUCGUUCAUUGUUUUUGCCUCCUAAAACCCAACCCCUCGUCCACGUCGUAGGAGGUGGUAACAGCACAUUGCUUAUUUCAAUUUUGCAAUCGUUCUGGCUAACGGGGCUCUGGUAUGGACUGUUUUAUAAUAUGUUUAUACUCCUCCUCAAAGACUGAAGCAGGUUUAUGAGGGAUGAUAGGUCCUACUAUUGGUUUAUUUGAAAUAAUGGUACAAAAACACAAUUGUAAUAUUGUUGUGCUUUGAUGCCUAUUAGUACUGUGGACAUUGUUAUGUACCAUCUAUGUCAUUUUAAUAAUCUGAAAGUGAAAGUGAAAGCCCAUCAAGUGUUGGAUUUUACAUGCUGAAAACAUGUGCAAUGAGGAACUGUGGUGUUUUACUGUAAUCUGAAAUCUAAAAAAAGGUGAUUUUCACAUUUUUGUUGUAUAUAAUGAUCUGAAAUGUAGAUUUAAUGAAGUUAAUAAAAAGCUGGAGUUGGUUGGAUGUCUUGCCCCAUGUGUCUGCUUCAAUUUAAACUCUCAAUUGUCAAUGUGGAGCAUGUAAAACAAAAGCUAUU